CCCAACUAAACAAAUUAAAGCACUACACGCACCCAUAGGGUUGAAAAGAUUGGUAGACCUUGAACAUGACCUAUUCGGACACGACUUCCCUUCCCUCUACAUCUGGGUCCCAAAACAAGCCAGACCACAACCCCCGCACACCACACCGGCACUUGACACCGUGAUUGCAAUCUGGAACAAACUCUCCAUAAAACACGGGCUCACAUCGAACCCUUCACCCCUGACACCAAUCCUGAGAAACGAACACUUCACGCCAGGCAUGACCCCAAAAGACUUCGCGCACUACGAAGACAACGACCUCGUCAGGACAUAUCAAUUCUUUCGAAACCAAAAAAUCAUUGCUUUCACCGACCUGCCACAAACCAGACCACUCACCACACACGACUUCUUCCGCUACCUGCAAAUCAAAAAUCUCCUAGACACCCCUACCUACAAACAAGCUGGUAAUACACCCCUCACCGUUUUUGAGCAG